AUUUUUGACAAGGGUGAGAGAAUAGUGAAUAGCUCCAAUGAUGGAGGACGGGAAGCCAGUUUGGGCUCCACACCCAACUGAUGGGUUUCAGAUGGGGAAGAUUGUGGAUAUUGGCCCUGACAGUUUAAGUAUUGAACCAUUAAAUCAGAAAGGCAAGACUUUUUUGGCUAUCAUCAACCAAGUGUUUCCUGCAGAAGAGGACAGUAAAAAGGAUGUGGAGGAUAAUUGUUCACUGAUGUACUUAAAUGAAGCUACACUCCUUCACAAUAUCAAAGUGCGGUACUGCAAGGACAGAAUUUAUACUUAUGUCGCCAACAUUCUUAUUGCAGUGAACCCAUAUUUUGACAUUCCUAAACUUUAUUCUUUGGAGACUAUUAAAAAGUAUCAGGGUAAAUCACUUGGGACAUUACCCCCUCAUGUCUAUGCAGUAGCCGAUAAAGCAUUUCGUGACAUGAAGGUUCUCAAGAUGAGUCAGUCCAUCAUCGUUUCUGGAGAAUCAGGAGCUGGCAAGACAGAAAAUACAAAAUUUGUUCUGAGGUAUUUGACUGAAUCCUAUGGUACUGGUCAAGAUAUUGAUGAUAGAAUAGUAGAAGCCAAUCCACUUUUAGAAGCCUUUGGAAAUGCAAAGACCGUUCGCAACAACAAUAGCAGUCGAUUUGGAAAAUUUGUAGAAAUCCACUUCAAUGAAAAGAAUUUGGUGGUUGGUGGAUUCGUAUCACAUUAUCUUUUGGAGAAAUCCAGAAUCUGUGUGCAAGGCAAAGAGGAGAGGAAUUACCAUAUCUUUUACAGGCUUUGUGCAGGUGCUCCUGAAGAUAUUAGGCAAAAGCUGUAUUUAACCUCUCCAGAUAACUUUAGGUAUUUAAACCGUGGCUGCACUAGAUACUUUGCUACUAAAGACACAGACAAGCAAAUUUUGCAGAAUCGCAAAAGUCCUGAGUACAUAAAAGCAGGUUCCCUGAAGGAUCCGCUACUAGAUGACCACGGAGACUUCAACAGAAUGUGCACAGCAAUGAAAAAGAUUGGCUUGGAUGAUGCAGAGAAACUUGAUCUGUUCAGAGUAGUAGCUGGUGUCCUUCACCUUGGAAAUAUUGAUUUUGAGGAAGCUGGGAGUACUUCAGGUGGAUGUAUUCUGAAGAACAAAUCUAGUCAGUCUUUAGAAUAUUGUGCAGAAUUGCUAGGUUUGGAUCAGGAUGAUCUGCGUAUCAGCUUAACCACGAGAGUCAUGCUUACAACAGCAGGGGGCACCAAAGGAACAGUUAUAAAGGUACCCUUGAAAGUAGAACAAGCAAACAAUGCACGUGAUGCCUUGGCAAAAACUGUUUAUAGUCAUCUUUUUGAUCAUGUGGUAAACAGAGUAAAUCUAUGUUUUCCAUUUGAGACCUCUUCUUUCUUCAUUGGUGUUCUAGAUAUAGCUGGUUUUGAAUAUUUUGAACACAACAGUUUUGAACAGUUUUGUAUUAACUAUUGUAAUGAAAAGCUGCAGCAAUUCUUCAAUGAAAGGAUACUAAAAGAGGAACAAGAACUUUACCAGAAAGAAGGUCUCGGAGUAAAUGAAGUGCACUAUGUAGAUAAUCAGGAUUGUAUAGAUCUGAUUGAAGCAAAAUUAGUAGGCGUGCUGGAUAUUUUGGAUGAAGAAAAUCGUCUUCCACAACCAAGUGACCAGCAUUUUACUUCUAUGGUACAUCAGAAACACAAGGAGCAUUUCAGACUUUCUAUUCCCAGGAAGUCUAAAUUGGCUGUUCACAGAAAUAUCAGAGAUGAUGAGGGCUUUAUUAUCCGACAUUUUGCUGGAGCAGUGUGUUAUGAGACGACCCAGUUUGUGGAGAAAAACAAUGAUGCUUUGCACAUGUCCCUUGAAUCUCUUAUAUGUGAAUCCAAGGAUAAGUUUGUCCGGGAACUCUUUGAAUCUACAACUAACAACAACAAAGAUCCCAAACAAAAAGCAGGAAAGCUUAGUUUCAUCAGUGUGGGAAACAAAUUCAAGACUCAAUUAAAUUUGCUCCUUGAAAAGCUUCGCAGUACUGGGUCAAGUUUUAUUCGCUGCAUCAAACCUAAUUUAAAGAUGACAAGUCACCAUUUCGAAGGGGGACAGAUUCUCUCUCAGCUUCAGUGCUCAGGUAUGGUUUCUGUUUUGGACUUGAUGCAAGGUGGCUUUCCAUCACGAGCAGCAUUUCAUGAGCUAUACAAUAUGUACAAGAAGUAUAUGCCUGAAAAACUAGCUCGACUGGACCCUAGACUUUUCUGCAAGGCACUGUUUAAAGCAUUGGGCUUAAAUGAAAAUGAUUACAAAUUUGGAUUAACAAAGGUGUUUUUUAGACCUGGCAAGUUUGCAGAGUUUGAUCAGAUAAUGAAGUCAGAUCCAGAUCAUCUAGCAGAGCUGGUUAAACGAGUCAAUCACUGGCUCAUCUGCAGUCGUUGGAAAAAAGUUCAGUGGUGUUCUCUCUCAGUGAUAAAAUUGAAGAACAAAAUAAAAUACCGAGCUAGUGCCUGCAUUAAAAUACAAAAGACUAUUCGUAUGUGGCUCUGCAAGCGAAAGCACAAACCGCGCAUCGAUGGCCUAAUUAAAGUGCGGACAUUGAAAAAGAGGCUUGAUAAAUUUAAUGAAGUAGUAAGUGCUCUGAAAGAGGGAAAACCAGAGAUGAGCAAGCAGAUCCAGGAUUUGGAGUUGUCUAUUGAUGCGUCGAUGGCCAAGAUUAAGGCCACUGUCAUGACUAGACAACAGAUACAGAAAGAAUACGAUGCUCUAGUUAAGAGCUCAGAGCAGCUUCUGAGUGAACUACAGAAAAAGAAGCAGCAAGAGGAAGAAGCAGAAAGGCUGCGACGUAUCCAGGAGGAAAUGGAAAGAGAGAGGAAAAGACGUGAAGAGGAGGAGCAACGUCGCAGAAAGGAACAGGAAGAAAGGCGACUAAAAGCUGAGAUUGAGGCAAAGAGAAAACAGGAAGAAGAAGAGAGGAAGAAGAGGGAAGAGGAAGAAAAACGUAUUCAGGUUGAAAUAGAGGCACAACUAGCUAGAGAACGUGAAGAAGAGACCCCAAAACUAGAUGACCGAGAACUUGCGAUGAGAAUUGCACAGAGUGAAGCGGAGCUCAUCAGUGAUGAGGCUCAGCUUGAUUUAGGAUUGCGCAGAUUGAAUGCUGAAAUUACUCCGCCUGUUCCAGUAGUUGCUAAAGUCAAUGGAACAAGGCCUCAAAUGACUGCGGAACAAAUGGCCAAAGAAAUGUCAGACGUUUUGUCUAGAGGCCCUUCUGUUCAAGCCACAAAAGCUGCAGCUGGUACUAAGAAGCAUGAUCUUAGUAAGUGGAAAUAUGCAGAACUUCGUGAUACAAUAAAUACUUCCUGUGAUAUUGAAUUAUUGGCAGCUUGCAGAGAAGAGUUUCACAGACGACUAAAAGUAUAUCAUGCAUGGAAAUCCAAGAAUAAGAAACGUAAUACAGAAACAGAACAACGUGCUCCAAAAUCAGUCACUGAUUAUGAUUUUGCACCAUUUUUCAACAGCUCAACUCAACAGAACCCAACAGCUCAGUUGCCUGCCAGGCACCAGGAGAUUGAAAUAAAUAGACAACAGCGUUACUUCCGCAUCCCCUUCAUUCGCCCAGCAGACCAGUAUAAAGAUCCUCAGAACAAGAAGAAAGGUUGGUGGUAUGCACAUUUUGAUGGGCCUUGGAUUGCUCGACAAAUGGAACUUCAUCCUGACAAGCCACCUAUUCUACUUGUAGCAGGGAAGGAUGAUAUGGAGAUGUGUGAACUGAAUCUUGAAGAGACUGGCUUAACUCGAAAGCGUGGUGCUGAAAUUUUGCCGAGACAGUUUGAAGAGAUUUGGGAGCGCUGUGGAGGCAUCCAGUAUCUUCAAAAUGCAAUUAAGAGCAGACAAGCUCGCCCUACGUAUGCAACAGCUAUGUUGCAGAACCUGUUAAAAUAGUUACUUUUGCACAUUGUUGUUAGAGUUGAGAACCCUUACCAUGAUAUAAAGGGAAGAGUUCCUCUAUGCAACUGAGGAUUUAAACAUUCUGUAAUAGUGUUGGAGAUAUUUAAUUUAAAGUGAACAGAUUUUAUUAAUCAUGGGAGUUUAAUUUGUACUUCUGGUGUUUAAUUUGUGUUGUGAACUCACUAAUUCUGUGGACCUUGCAGAAGUUUCUGUCAAGUAUGUUAGUUUCAUUUUUCUUUAUAUGCUAGAUUCUUCUAAAAAAACUUCUGUUAUAAUGCUAGCACUGUAAAAUAACACUAUUGUACUUGGGGUUCAUGCUACGAUCAACUCCAUUACAAUUUCCUUUUUAUAAAAUCCUCUUUAAAACUUGCAAAAUAGAAACCUUUCAAAGGUGGUCUAGUGAAAAGGGUACAAUGUAUCUUUGAACUGGAAUUGUGAGGCCUUAGCUUUAACUUCUUCUCAGAGAAGUUGGAGCGUACAGUACUUCUGUAUGAUCAAAGAUAUUUUAUGUCCUGAUCUGAAAGCUGCUCAACAUCUGUAUGUAUCGACUUUUCCAGAAACUUAUGGGAAAUCUUUAAUUUCUUACUUGGUCUCUUACUUUAUCUGACAUUGUUUUGAGAUGAGCACUUGUGUAUUCAAAGUACUGUGUAGUGAUGGAGAGACUCAAAAGAUGUACUGCACAUUUAGACUUGUAUUUUUCUCUUUUUUAAUUUUUUUUUAAAGUAAGAGUCCUUGCAAACACUCCUUCGGUUAUAUUUUUUCUGACAAAACUUUGCUAGGAGUCCUUGGAUAGUUAAAUUAUCCUGGUAGUGUAAUAUAAAUACAUGAUGCAAAAAUUCUCAAAGAUACCUCUUUAAAUAUAUUUAAGAUUAAAGGAAAGCAUAAGGGCAAUGUGGGUUUCCCCCCCUUUUUUUCUUUUAUUAAUAGUAACCUAGCAGAAUUGGAAUGCAGGGGACUGAAUUUUAGAGACCCUAUUUAUUUUAAUGAAUGCACACAGAUUGUUACUUCUGUUAGAUGGUAUCAGAGUCUUGCCCAGACACACAUCAUUGUCAUGUCUAAUUGCUAUAUGCUACAUUAAAUGGCUGAGUGUUUUGGUCUACUGUAACAACAAACAUUUUCCUUCAGUCACUCUGUUUUUUUGGGCUUAAUUUCCAUUCAGGAUUUCUAGCUUUACAUAAUAGUGUCCUAGCUUCACAGUUAAAAUGCGCUUGUAUAGGAAUUACUCAUUUCACACCACAAAAGCUACCUUUUGUUUACUUAUUUCUUAAGGCUGGCCAUAUAUCAACAGAUUAAAACUUGAUAUUUAUAUUUCAGUGCUAAAAAUUUGAAAAAUAAAGAGAUGUAGUUUGAUGCCUUCUAGUGAAAAUGGAAUAUUCAGAUCUUUUGAAAGCAAAAUACUCUCUCUUCCUGUAGUGAAGAACAAAGUUUUACACACUUCUGUGUGUGUGUGUGUGUGUGUGUGUGUGUGUGUGUGUGUGUGUGAUAUAUAUAUACUUGCACAUAUAUUUCUUCCCUGAGUCCUUUUUGAAGGAUGUAUUUUCUAUGUUCCGUUCUAUGAAAAGGUACAGUUCUAUAGUGCAGUAAGAAAAAGUUUGUCAGAUUAGAUUCUUUGUGUGCCACAGUCAGUCUUUUAUACACUCCAUGCUGUAAUAAGUGUGAAAAUCUUUUAGUAAAGAACUAGCAUUUAUUUAUGAAUCCAUGUAAUUGACAAUUUCUCUGAGUUUAGGACUGGAAUAGUGUGUGUUUUCUUUCAGGGUAAGUAUCACAUUCCUCUUCUAUCAUGAGGUGGCAUUGGUCAGGAUCUCAAAAUGCCUUUUCUAUUCCCACACCCAACAGUUUACUUAAGUAUAAGUGACUGCAGUGUGAAGGAUGUGUGCAUAAGGACGCAAUUCAGCAAUUUGUUCAAACACAAGUCUAUAUUCAAUAACAUGAGUUUAUAGAUACUACUUACGUGGUUGAAGUUAGGCAUUUGUUUCAGUACGUUGCUGAAUUAGGACCAGAAUCUCAUAGCCUAGUCACUAGAUUCUUGGAAAUCCUAUAAAUUAUCUGAAGCUGGGGCAUUUAAUAAACCCAUUUAAGGAAGUAUUGAACUAACUUGGCCCCUUCUUAGUCUAUAUGGAUUUUAGUGAUUGUCUAAUUCUGUAUAGUCUCGUGAUCUUUGUGGUAUAUUAUAAA